CACCACAGAGAUCGCCACACCUCAGCUACUCAUGAGCACCAGAAAAGACGAAAGAAACCCAUAGGGCUCCCCCCUGCCCCACUCAACUCAUGCAAGGCUAUAGACUUCCAUUUCAUCGAGCUCAAAGUGGAAACCCAAUACAGACACGGGACGAAACAAACCCAGCAGACACUCGACAGUAUGUCCUUGCCAACUGGCCGGGCUGGCCCGACACUCGACAGUUGGUCGCUGCCAACUGGCCCAGUGGUCAGGCUCACUGCCUUCAACUGCGAAGCCCUGGCACUUGUUGAGCAGUGUGUCCAUGGCUGCCUUGGGGACGCCACCCUGGGGGAUGCCGAUGUCCAUCCCCGGCGGAGCCAGCAGGCAGGACAGAUUUGUCGGCGCAUUGGUCAUGUCCAAGGUCUCUGUCUUCUCCUCAAUCCCAGCCAGAUGAAUCGUCUUGAAGCGGGCAUAAGGACCGACGUAGGGGCAGUUCGCCGUGCCCUCGAGCUUGUAGCUGAAGACAAGCGUAGGUGGCAUGGUUUUCUGCGGUCCUGACACGUCGAUCCUGCCAUCAACGACCACAGCAAACAGCUCGCCACUGAAGGGCACAACACACUUCAGUACUCUGCCUGUGUUGUGCGUGCCCAUUCCGCCGUCUGUCUGUCUGUCUGUUUGUCUGUCUACCUGUCUUUGACCCGCAUGAUUAUGAUCAACGGUUUUUGGCCCCUGACGGCAUCGACAAAGUCCAGCCAACGCCACCCAUCAACCGACGCCCUGCAAACAAACGGUCAGUGCAAUACAGUCGUCCAAACUCCUGCUCUCUUGGCUGGCAACUUCAGUCACUUGUAGAUGCGCUCGAUCGGCUCGCCCACAUGAGACGGCAACACGGGCAGGGCGAAAGGCGCCCCGGGAUGUCCCCAUUUCUGUUUCUGUCUCCAUUCCUUGAUGUUGUGCAGGUGCUGGCUCUUGAGCAGGCCGUCAGUCGGGCCGAGGUACCGAUCGGCGCCGAUGCCGAAGACGUCGAGCGCCCGACGGAAUUGAGAAGCACUGACAUCGCCCAUUGCCUCCCGCACGUCAGCUGAUGUGAUGGUCCGGCGCUCCUGGUGGGCUCGCACAGCGACGUCGACGACACGGCGGACGCAGUCGAGGCCAAAGUCAAUGGAGCCGUUGUAACUGAACCACAGCAACAGCAGACCACCAUAUGAGUGCCGGCGGAUGGCGUCCACCAGUGCCGUUGUGCUCUCGCCGAGUGAAUCGUCCGUAGAAUGUGCUGUCCUCUCCGCCUAACGACUUGGCCGCCGCGUGGGUGACCGUCACAGUGCAGCCAGUCGACUCAUCGAUGGAAACCAGCUGAACAGACAUCCGUCCGAGACGAUAGAGAUGGAAGCCUUUCCAUCGCUCUCUUUGUAUGUGCACCUGAUCGUCAUCUGUGUUGCCUCUCUUGAGGAAUGGUUUGACAGCGUCCAGGCGGGCCAGCUCAUGUGCCUUGGCCUCCUCAAUGUGCCGAACGGUGACGGCCAAAUCUGACACCAGACGCGAAGCCACACUGCCGUCAGCUGCUGCAGUGGCGGUGCUGCUGGUGCUGAUAUCUUGGUCGGCCGAUGGGUCGUAGAGGAGAGUGUGCACCCAAUACCUGACCACACACACACACGCGUGCGCCGAAUCGAGCACAAUCCGACCGCAGGGGGGCUCGUGUGAUGGAUCACUCCCUCACUUGUAUGGGAGAUCUGUCUGUUUCGCCGCCGGCAAAUCGAUGACGUCGACGUCGCCCAGCUCGUAGUGACGCAGCUGCUCAACCAACCUGACACAAACAACACAACGUAACACAAACAACACUGCAAACGUGACCACACUCCCUACGUCUGUCCUUCGUGUGAAGAGCUGACCAUCUGAAGGCCGGUGGGUACGCUGGAAGGAAAAUGCGAUCGGUCGAGUCGCGGACGACCGCACCGUCGAAGCAGCCGCCAAACAGCGAGGCCAGGACAGAUCCCUUCUUGACACACAGAGUGGACCGCCUUACGCCGCGAAAGACCUCGCCGCUGACAUUGAGGUAUAGCUUGUCCGUGGCCAUCUGGUCGGCCGACAACUCUGUGAAGUCCGCCAUGCCGCCCACUCUGUGAUGCGCUGGCGGACCUCGGCCUCGGCUCUGCAGAUCUCCUCAUUGAUCAAUGCCUUCUGCUGCCGCCCUGCAGCGGCGUGGCGCCUCAGAUCCGCCAUCUGAGCUAGUCUCUACAUCCUUUUGAUUCCCUCCUU